UUCUAAUCCAUUGCUUUAACCAUUUUAUAACAAAAAGUCAUGUUUUUUUCAUACACUUUCAAGGCAAUAGUUUCAAGCUCCGGAGUUCUCAUCCAUGGCGCCACACCUCGCGGGAAGCCCAUCUCUCUCCUCUUCUUCCGUUGCUCGUCUCCCUCUCCGUUCUCAAGGAACCAUAGCAGCUUCAGCAAGCCAUCAUUGCAGCGUCGCAACUCAGGAUCGUCGCGCGGCCAUUGAAGGGAGCGGUAUUCGUUACUCGGUGACGACGAGGCAGGGACGGACUGUCCCUAUACUCAAGGAUUGCUCUCUCAGUGUGCCAACCGGGCAGCUGUGGAUGCUUCUCGGGCCUAAUGGUUGUGGCAAGUCCACCCUUCUCAAGGUCUUGGCAGGCCUCCUCAACCCUACUCAUGGAAUUGUACGUGUUAACAAGCCUAAGAGUUUUGUAUUCCAGAAUCCAGAUCACCAGGUGGUAAUGCCCACAGUUGAAGCUGAUGUUGCAUUUGGACUUGGCAAAUUCAAUCUUUCAUCUGAUGCAGUUAGAUCAGGAGUAUCAAAGGCAUUAGAUGCUGUUGGAAUGUUGAAGUACUCACAGAGACCAAUCCAAACUCUGAGUGGGGGUCAAAAACAAAGGGUUGCUAUUGCAGGUGCUUUAGCAGAAGCCUGCAAAGUGCUGUUGUUGGAUGAACUAACAACUUUUUUGGAUGAACAUGAUCAGCUAGGAGUCAUAAAAGCAGUCAAGAACUGUGUGUCUAGUCCUGGUGAAGUUUCGGCUUUAUGGGUCACACAUCGCUUGGAAGAACUCAAGUAUGCAGAUGGUGUUAUUUAUAUGGAAGACGGUCGAAUUGUCAUGCAUGGAGACGUGUCUGCUGCUGUUUCCUUUCUAAAAGAGAAGCAAGCACGUUACCUCAAUCACCUUGAUCUAUAGAUGAAAUUUUCUACUUUUACUUUAUAUGUAUCUAUUUCAAACUUAGUUUCAUGCUUGCAGUUCAGGCAAUCCAAAGUCCCUGAAUUUUGUAUUAUCUUUUGCUCAUCAUUCUAUACAGACAUUAACAGAAACUUGCUCUGAUGAUGUAUAUGCAAAAGAUAGGACCAAGUGUUCUUGGAAUGUUCAAAAAGGGGAAUGCUGAUUUGUGAAUGAUGAGGAGUUACUGAGAUUCCAUUUU